UCUGCUCAGCAUGUGACAUUGCCAUGCACAGCAAGGGCCGACUUAAGACGCACAGCCGAGUGUGCCUAAUAGCAGAAGAUAUCUCUCAAGAAGCACCUCCAAGAAAGUUUACAUGUCGCCCGUGUGACAAGUGCUCGAGUUCCUAUGCGGAUGUGCACUGUGCCGAUUGCUCACUUCAUUACUGCCAAGCAUGUGACACUGGAAUGCAUAGCAAAGGCAAGCGCCAACAGCAUGUACGAGUGGCAACACGUCCAUCAGCAAUGCCUGAUACUGUUAAAGCCACUGAGCCCCAGCCAAGUACGGCCAAUGUCACUUCCAGGCAACAGCAAGAUACCACACAACCAUGCAGCACCCCCAGCCCACCACCAGCUGGUGUCCCCGCUGCAUCAGAGCAAAGUGGUGGGUCACAGGUAUCAGCCCCACGCAGAACUACAGCAUGUGUGAAGAGCAGCAAUGCGGAUACUUGUGCCAGGCAUCCAGGAACCAUCUCUGCUGGAAAUCAGCAGCAGAACACUACUCCGGCAGAGAUCACAAGUUCAUCAGCGGUGCAAACAUCCGCACAAUCACCCCUCACUGCUGUCAAAGCCAUCGGCCCUGCCGCACCGCAUCAGUUAGCUGUUGCUGGAAGUGUUGCAUCCCCUCCAACGGCUAAUGCUACAGCCUCGUUCACAGUGCUACCAUUGCUGAAUGUGCAUUGCGACACACAGGAUACGGGCACACUCAUGCAGAAAGUGCUGGUAUCAGAUCAAGGCGUGUAUGAAGUUGCCAGGCUCAGCAGCAGUAGUAGCAGCAGCAGUAAUGCAAGCAGCAGCAAUGCCAUCAAUGACGGCAGUGGCAAUAGUAGAAGAAACAGCCAUGGAAUGGAAAGGCAACUCUCUCGCGACUCCCAGCACUCGCUAGCAGUGCUGAAGCAUGAGCACCUGCGCAAGGACACGGUGAUGACAGUGGGUCUUUAUGGCAACAAGGGAAGAAUUGCAGCUUGGCUUCGGGAGCGCCAACUUGUGGAUGCACGAUCACUGCGCAAGCUGAUGGAUGACACUGACCCAGGCAUCUAUUGUCUCAGCAAUGGUGGUAGUGUCCAGUAUCUGCUGCUCCGUCCCACGGAUAAUGCAUUCACGGAAAUGUCCCGAAAGAACAUCAGCUGCAACAUGGUCCGCUAUCUUCUCGAGCUCUGUGAUGAGAUCUUGGUCUUUUUUGCUGGGAGUGAACAGUCACUGUUCGACCACUUCCCUUUUGGCAGCCAGCGUGUGGAGAAGCGAACGCAGAAGCUAGUUGUCAGCUUCCAGAAGGAAUCGGAUGAAGACAUCAUCUUGAAAGACGGCUUCUGUGUUGAGCUGAAGCAAGGCCCGCUGCGGUCGUCAGCUGAGGUGGUGCUAUGUCAGAGCACACAUGUACGCGCUGUCCAUGUGGGGCAGUCUGUGGCACAGGUUGUUGCUUUUCUGCCACUUCGCAAUCAUUUCCUACUGCUUGACGCUGCUGCUGAGUUUCUCCGCGAAAAGAUGAUCUGCUUUCAAGUUUCAUUUGCUGGGUGCAUCUCUGACGAGAACAUACUUGAGCUAUGCCGUGCAGCUGUGCCUGAACUCUUACCGGUUGUGGAGGAAUUUGAAACGGCUGUUGAGACUUUCAAGAACAACUUGGAGAGAGUGCAGAAAGAGCAACAAGAGAAGGAGCACGAGGAGAAAACAGCACUACGCCGACAUAUCGAGCAAGCUGUCAAGUACCACAUAAUGCAAACAUGUCCCAUUGCGAGCUACUUCUUUGGAGAAAUAGCUAUUCUGCAAAAGGCAAAGUCAAGCCACGAGGCAGCAAUGUGCCCUGUCUGUCUCAGCAUUUUCCAAGAUCCGGCGGAAUUGGAGUGCCAGCAUGCUUUUUGCAAGUCCUGUUUGGAACUACAUGUCCGUGCAAAUGGACAGAAUCGCAAUGGAGUCUCCUGGGACAUAAAAUGCCCUGUAUGUCGUACGCCUCACUCAGUGAAGAUCGAUGCAUUGCCACCAGCAAACCGAGCUCUGAUGGAAAUUGUGGAUCUGGCAAAGGAGGAUGCUCAUGCGUUUGAAGCAUACAAGUCUGAAGUGAAGAAUAUGGAAACGUCUUUGGCAUAUGUUGAAAGUAAAUUGGGAAAGCAGCCUGCUCAUACUCAAGCUGAGUCGAGUAUUUGUCAUGCUCUUGUCACCCAAGGUACGGACCUACAGACAAUGGAGUAUGCCUAUGCUGUGUUUUCGAUCGCUCAUGAGCAAAAGAUGAUGAAAGAGAGCAAGUCAGUACCCUAUGAGAAGCGGAUUGCUGGCUUUGUAGCAGCUGCUGGAAGGAAUGGACGCUUCCAUGUCACCGAGUUCAUGAACAAGCACUGCAUACGGAGUGAUUAUACACCCAAAGCAAUGUUCCCAACCACCAUGACAAAAGCAGAGUUUAACCAGGCGGUGGAGGCAAGACUGAAAUCAAUUCAGAGCAAGCCUAUGGCGUCAGGUCUACCGGAUAUAUUCCAUAGUGCUGAGUGCAAGACGGUUGUGGAGAAUUGCCGUGCCAGCAUGAUCCGGGUUUUGGAGUUUGAUCAUCGUGUUACCACCAGCAAACCACUGUACGCUGUUGGGAGGCAACAUGAAACUAAACGCCAACACAGGUCAAAAGCACUCUCUGAUGCGGCUAACAAGGUCAGAGAAUACUUCAGCAACAACUCCCAUGGACAGCUAAAGAUGGUGAUUGAGAGAAUCACUCUACCAAGAGGCUAUCAACGUCAAUUGCAAAUCUCCCAAAAAGAGCAGCGCCGGUCGGCCGUGACCCAUGUUCAACAGCUUUACACCUUUGAUCCACUGAAGGAAGAACUGAACAAAAUGGAAGAGGAUGCUGGCUUCAUGCCAACUCCGCGCAUCCAGCAAUCCACAGCAAACAUCCCUUUAAAUCCUGCAACUCAGUCACUGCUCAAGUUGUACUAUUUGCAGACUAACAAAGUGCUGGCAAUAGUUCAAACUCGCCAACAGACCCGCAUACAGACGGACAUUCACUUGCUACCUCCAGUGAAUAACAAGCGAAGCUACUCCCUACCUACAACGCGUUUCUCAAUAAAGCGUGAUGCUGUGGGCUUGGUGGAUUUUGAUGAAGACACACGUAUGGUGGCAUUCCAUUUUCCUGGCACGGAACGAAUCUAUGCGUAUCGUUUUGAUCCAGACUGGAAGCAAUGGAGUUUGCGAUGCGAGAUUGAUGUGAAGCAAUGCAAAGGUGAUGCAACUCUAACUCAACUUCUCUUUGUACCUGGUCAGGAAAAGUUGUGUCUACUCGAUGAGCAUGGCCAAUGCCAUAUUUAUGAUGCACAGGACAAGAUCAUAAAGAAGCGCACUAUCAGUGUGGAACUUCCAAUUGACAGAGCUAUUGUGUCUCUUGACGGAUCUUGUUUGAUGACUUUCAGUGUCCAACAGCCUCAGUCCACCAAGAGCAGGUUGCUACCAAAGACAAAUCCAGAUGCUACCUCAUGCCCUGCAAGCAGCAACUCAGAUGCUGUGGUGGAGCAUCCAGUACCGAUUCUAGCAACUGAGACUGAGUCAGUGGAUGCUAUGGGCACAGAUUCCCUUGCCAAUGUGGAUGAAGAAGUCACCAGCAGGCAUAGCGGUAUCGAUUCAGGAGAUGAACUGUAUGAUUCAGAUGGUGACUCUGCUGCAGGGCAAUGUGAAGCUGGUGACACUGAAGAUGCUGAAAUGCACUCUGACAGUGACACGUGUGAUGAGCCCAGUGAGCCCGAGAUCGUUAUGCAUGUCUAUUCUUUAGUCAACUUGAAGCCGAUCAAGACUGUCCACCUAGACCGUGAUCAAUUUCCUCCAGCAUGCAUACAAACUAUGCAACUGAUGCUCAUAGGUCGGCAGAUGCAUCUGAUUGCAUUCAACAAGGAACACCAUCAGCUACGAUCUCUUCUCUUGGACAUCAGGUCAGCAAGAAGUGUCUUCAACAUGACUGACCUGGAGCGGUCCAUGCCCAGAGCCAAGUCGUCGCCCGAAUCACCAACGAAUGCCCCCUCCAACUACCUGGACUAUUUGUACUAUGUGUACGACAAGUUCUGUAUCACUGAUUGUCUGUCCACCAGCCGAGCCAGCAUACGCCUCAAUUGUAUCCUGGAUAUUCCUGCUGAGCGUGUUCGACAGCUGCACCCCGAGUAUUCUCCAGACACAUACGUGAAGAAGCUGUUCCAUGCUCUGGAGUCCAGCACGCACAAGCCAACCCAGAUGCUCCAUGUCACGACACAGAACACUGCUUUCACCGACAGUGUGCACCUUAGCUUUGCCGAUAGCGCUGCAGCGGCUGCUGCACCGGCAUCUAUCUCUGACUGGCUGCAGCGUGUGAUCUGCCUUGUGCCAAUUCAGAUUGCACGCGCAGAGCAAAACAUGUUGACCUUGUUUGCUGAUGGCAUGAAGAGUGAUGCGGCAUUGUCGGCCCAUACCGUCUUUGACUUGCAAGACAGCAUACAGCUUGGUCUGUAUGAAGCACUUCUUGAUGAUUGGCCUGGCCCUGUGAAGGUCAUCUCAAGCAUGGGAAAACAGAGUACAGGCAAAAGCUAUAUGCUCAACCAUCUGACAGGCUCUCUGUUUGAUAUCUCAGGUGAUCGAUGCACAGAUGGCGUGUGGCUGACGCUUCGUCAAGGCCAAGGCUGUUUGUAUGUAGUGCUGGACUUUGAAGGACUUGGUUCCAUGGAGCGUACAGAGCAGGAGGACAUGUUCUUGUCGGUGAUGAAUGCUGCCAUCAGUGGACUGACUGUCUUCAAGACCGAGUUCCGUGUGGAUCAAGAUACCCGUAACAUGUUGAGUCGAUUCAGAGAUGGCGUGGAGUUGAUCAAGGGUGACGAGCGAUUGUUGCGAGGCUGGUUCUAUAUCAACAUCAAGGAUGUGGACAAAAGAGACAUCAAAGACUUGCAAAGCCAUUUCAAACGAAAGCUGGAAGACAUCUGCAAGGAAGAUGAGAACAACUUCCUGACGAAGAUGUACCGUGGGCAGUUGGCUGUACAAACGUUUCCAACGUUGGGCAAUGUGGAGUUCUACACGGAACUGGAUAGCAUUCGUCUUCACUUGGAGUCUAUUGAUACACCAGCCUUCAAAUCUGGCCGGGAGUUCAAGGAAGUGCUAAAACUACUGAUGGCCAAGAUCCACAUGCAAGAAUGGUCUAGCUUUGACCGCACAUCGGUGGCUCUGAAGGUGGAUCGCCUACAGCGUCACUUGCAAGCAGCUAUAGAGUUUGGCUGCGUCCGGAAUCACAACAAUGAAGACGAACCACUCCUGCUCGCGAGUGGUGAAGCCGUCACUGAUCAUGAUUUAGUACUGGAGUCUGGGGAAAGUGUGCCAAACUACCUGGAUAGCGGUGUGGAGCUGCGUGGCUCUCAGGAGAAAGUCUUGAUCGAGUCACUGCUUUCUGUCUACUCCAGAGUGAAUGUAGACAGAAGAGUGUGUGAAGAUGUGAAAGCAUGGACGAGUUGUUUCCAGAGCUUUGUGCACGCUCUGUGUGAGAGACGCAAGAAGAGAAUCACUGAGUGGGUGAACAGUCAUGUCGGUGGAUACAGUGAUGAUGGCGAUGUGAGGAUUCUGCAGAAGGAAGUCAAGGCUGAUCUGUCUCGCUUACGUGAGAACUGGCAACUAUGUGAAGCAAAGUGUGCGCAUUGCUUCUACCCGUGUUUGCUGAAGAAGUAUCACGAGUCUGAUGAGCAUGAUUGCUUAGGUGACCAUCGCUGCCAUGAGUCCUGUACUUACUGUGACGAAGCAGAUGAAGAUGAUUCUCUGGAAGGUACUGCUAGUGCUGACAAUGCGCAGACCCCUGAGGGCAACGUAGUUGUGCAGGACUCACGCAGGGAUUCAGACAUGGAUGUAGCAGAAGAUGAGACUGUGUGUAGCGAUGCGGUGAGGAACGACGACGCUCCGGGCCCUGAUUUGAAGAAUGCUGUCCCGUACUCUGCUCAGCAAUGUCGUGACCAAGCGGGUCACGCCGGUAGACACGAUUGCAAGGUACGCAAUCAUACUUGUGGUCAAAUUUGCCACUUGUUUGGCAAGGACAACUGUAACCGAAACUGUGUCAAGAAGAUAGGUCAUGAACGAGAUCCAAACGACGGUGAACAUCUCUGCAACGCUGUACAACAUCUGUGUGGGGCUAGCUGCACCUUGCCUGGCUGUGCUAACAAGUGCAUCAGUCCAUAUGAGAUGACUCAUGACAAGCAUGCUUGCCGUGACCUGGCCUGUCCAGAAACUUGCGCCAUUGAUGGCUGCAACAAUAAGUGCCAGGAGACCAAUGACCACUUCCACGCUCUAACCAGCGAUGGACAACUCGCCCAAGUCAACCAUUUCUGUGGACAGGAACACGUCUGUCCUAAGGAAUGUGACAUUGAAGGCAUCUGCUUCAUUUCCUCUGAGCGCAAGAUAGAAGAGCGUCGCUUCAAGACAUCGGCCGGUGAUGAGUUCACGUACAAGAGUGUCACCGAUCAGAAUGGAACACGCAAGAAAUGCUGCAUCAUGAUCCCUCCAAACGAGAAGGAACACGGAGGUGAUCAUCGCUGCACGCCAUCUGAUGUGAACAAGAUACACUUCUGUGAUCGCAGGUGUCCAUCAUGUGGCUACUUCUGCACAUUGAAGUACAAUCACGAUGAGGAUUUGCACGCAACCGAUCAUGGAAACAUGAGACUGACCCAUGUGGUGGCUGCUGAGGAUGUGUUUGUUGUGGAAAAGCGUCGCUAUGGUCAAGGUGACAGUGGUGAAGCUGAAAUGUGCAACUUCCACUGUAAAAGUCUUGGACGAGGACAUAUCCAUCUCAUGCUGUGUGAGGAUAGUGCUAGUAGCAGUAAAGAGUGCACGGUUUCUGAAGCGGAUGGUAAACGCCAUGAAACAGAAAAAUAUGGUCCCGAUGAGGAUAUUGCGAAAGAUGAGCUGACACACGAUGCAUUCUGGAAGGCCAUUCGGUUUCAGGACCCUUGUACUCCCGAAGACCGAGAUUCAUUCAGGCAGUGUCCAAUACGCUGUAUGGCUGAUGAACAUCAACAGGCAACCAGCGACGAUCAGCCGACUGAAUCCUAUUGUACAGAGAAGUUGUGGCAUGCUCCACUCUCGCAAGCUGACUCAGCUCGGUUCGGUGGUGCUGGCCACGUGCACAGCAGCGGUCAUCAUUUCAAGUGUGUCCAUGCCGGUGCUGAGCCACUACAUCAUGUCUUGGUUGUGGACCGCUCUGGAUCAAUGGGCUCUGGAGAUGCUCAGCCCACUAAUCAUUAUCUACGACAGUCGCAUCCUAAUCGCCUCGGUGCAGUGCUGGACGCUUGCAACCAAUACUUGGUGAUGCGGCAUGGAAAGUCUCAGAACGAUAUUGUGUCUUUCAUUGCAUUCGAGAGCAAUGCAACAACCAUCUUUGCAGGUCAGCCGCUGCAACCAGAUGUCCUGUUUGACCGAAUGAGAUCGGUCAGGGUGACAGGUGGUACAAAUUUCAGCCCGGCUUUGGAUCGCGUCAGUGAAGUUGUAGAGUCAGUGGAACGCUCUGGUACACGCGGUUGUGUCGUUAUAUUCCUUAGCGACGGUGAGGGCUCGUUUCAAGAAGGCAACUUGCGCCGUCUCUUGCAAGGACGUAUGAACAGAGGGCAAAGCAUGGUCCGGCUCCACACCAUCAAGUUCGGUUCUGGUCAUUCAGCGGAGCUGCAGCGCAUGGUUGACAUAGUCAAGUCCUUCUCGCAAAGUGAUAAAUUUGCUAGCCAGAGUUCUUACAGCACCAGGGUGGGUGGUAUUCAGCUUGCCGAGCACUUUGAAGCCCUGGCCAGUUCGUUAAACAAAGGUGGCUUCCUUGUCACCUAAGGGGGCCCCCGGUGGUCCACGUGUCGAUGCUUGGCGUACUAGUAAUUUUUGUUCCUGUGGCUUUUUGUGUGCAAUAGAUUACUAAUAAUGCACCCUGCUUCUUAGUCAAUUUCUUCUCAUAAUUUUCAAUAUUCUACAUGUGUAGUCCUUGCAAGGCUGGUUCCCUGUCCAUCUCCACUCCAAUCCAACACAUACACGGUUGUUGUGCAUACAAAACACGUGGUAUGGCUCGUCCUCUUUUUUUUCGGACCUUUUUUCUUCAUCUUUUCGUCACUUGACGAGCUUCUGUUUGCUCGUAUACACUUGGCAUACCUAGCGAACAGGUAAUAGCAGUUGUUUUCCGCCUAAUAAUUUUCUCUCCAUGAUCCACCACUUUCUCAAUCCCCCUGCAUUUAUGUACAAGUUAGUAUGUGCAUGCACUUGCCUUAGCCGCUCAGUUUAGUUUCGUGGAAUUAUCUGCUAGGACCUUUUAGACUAUUUUCCAGCAUUUUGUAGAUCUCAAUUUGUGAGCCUUUAUGGUCGGUUUUCAUUCACUUAUUUUGCCAGUAUUUUACUUUGACUUUACUUUUCUCCUGGCAUGGCGCAC